ACUUCCGUUGUCGCAACUCUCUCUCUAUAUGGCUCUGCCCUUCACUAAAAGUCUUGAAAAAGGGCCCUUUGUGAAAUAAUAGCUUUUCUUACUUUUGUUGCACUUCAUGGGGGCAAAAAAAGCCGUUUACGCACCGCAUACGUAACGCAUACGCACUGCACACGGAUUAUGUGUGAAACGGGCGUCAGGACCAUUUCAAUGUGAUGAAUGCGGACGUGUUUCAACGCAAACUAGCAACCAGAUUGAGGUUACCAUCUAAACAUUAUUUGUGUUUGCUCUCUGGAGCAAAGGCGCCAGUUUAGUUUUCUCGGCCACUACGCACUCAAGCUCCGUAUCAGGCCUGCCUGCAACGGGGUGGGAUGUGUGUACACAUUCGAGUGCACUAAUGAUAUUGUGACUGUUUUUUUUUCCUUUCCAUUUUGUGUAUUUUUGAAUUAUGUUAAAAGCUUAAAAGGGUUAGUAAAGCUUACAAAAGUUAUACGGAGUUAUAAGGUAAUUUGAUAGUAUAACUUAAAGUUAAACAGAAAUUAGAAAAGGUUUAUGCCUAUAUGAUUAACUUUAGUGAGUUAAAUAUAUUCAGAAAGUGACUUAAAAUUGAAAAUCCUGGCGUGAAACUGUAAAACGUGUUUAGUUACUGUUAAGAGGUUUGUUUUGACAUUUUAUUAGUUUUUUUUUGUUGUUUUCAUUUACAUUUUCAAAUUCACUUUCUUGAUCCAUUUAAUUUAAAUACAAAGUUCAAUUUCAUUGACAUUUAAUACAAUAUUUAUUGGUUUAAACGUUUAUUUGUGAGUUUGUGUGUGGGUGUUUUUUAGUUUAAAAGUAAUUUAUAAACAACAAUAUGCUAUAAGUAAACAGACUGCUUGCAUAAAGUGAUUCCUUGUAGGUUAAUCCAUAUUAGAAGACAGGGUUUAAAGAUCAUUUAGAAAUAAAAGAACUCGGUUCCUUAUCAAAAAACUCUGGCUUAGUGCAAAUGGUUGGUGGAUAGGGGUUACAUAUAUAUAAAAUCUUUUAAUAAUGAUUAAAAAUAAUAACAUUGCAAAAUAAUGUAUAAAAUAAUUUUUUUUAGGUGCUUAUGCACGCAACAGAAUGUAUAUGUUCAUUUCAACCCAGAAUCAGAAAUUGCAAGCUAUAUUAUGGCCUGAGAAUAAUUUUGUAAAUAUGUGUAGGGCUCUUAAUAGGAAAGAGGUUCCCCACCCCUGCUUUGAACCGUGUCGUGUGAGUGAGUGACCUCCACUGGUUCACUGUAGGUUUGCAUUCUUUACACUCUCAGAGUCUGUCUAUGAGGUUGUCACAAAGUGGACCUUUUUAUUACCUUACUGACACACCUGUUUGUCACACCUGCACAUAUUUCCUCAACAUUGAACCAGAAAACACCCUAGUUCAGACUAAACAUACUGCUGUAUGUGUCUAUUUGUGCAGUAAAAUGGCAGAAGCCAGAAUUUCAUGGUCUCAGGAUGAAUUCAGCUGUUCAAUCUGCCUAAAUGUACUGAAGGAGCCAGUGACCAUUCCCUGUGGUCACAGUUACUGUAUGAGCUGCAUUACAGUCUAUUGGGAUCAGGAGGAUCAGAAGAGAGUCUACAGCUGCCCUCAGUGCAGACAGACCUUCACUCCGAGACCUGUUUUAGGUAAAAACACCAUGCUGGCUGAAGUGGUGGAGAAACUCAAGAAGACAAAACUCCAAGCAGCUCAUCCUGCUCAAUAUAAUAGUGAACCUGCAGAUAUGAAGUGUGACGUCUGUACUGGGAGAAAAUAUCAAGCUGUUAAGUCCUGUCUGGUGUGUCUGAACUCUUUCUGUAAAAAUCACCUUGAACAACAUGAGAAUCUCUUCAAAAGUAAGAGACACAAUUUGAUUGCUGCUACUCCAAGACUGCAGCAGAUGAUCUGCCCACAACAUGAUAAACUGCUGGAUUUGUAUUGUCGUACUGACCAUCUGUGUAUUUGUACACUAUGUAUGGUGAACGAGCACAAAACCCAUGACACUGUAUUAGUUGCAGAAGAAUGGAAAAAGAAACAGAAACUCUUGGAUAAAACUCAGGAGAAAUUCAGACAGAAAAUCCAGGAAAGACAGGAGAAGAUUCAGGAGCUGAGAGAGACUGUGGAGUCUCACAAGCGAUCUGCACAGUCAGCAGUGAAGGACAGUGAGAGGAUCUUUACUGAGCUGAUCCGCUCCAUUGAGAGAAGCCGCUCUGAGGUGACACAGCUGAUCAGAGAUCAGGAAAAGGCUGCAGUGAGUCGAGCUGAAGGACUCUUGGAGCGACUGGAGCAGGAGAUUGCUGAUCUGAGGAAGAGAGAUGCUGAACUGGAGCAGCUUUCACACACAGAGGAUCACAUCCAUUUCCUCAAGAGUUUCCAGUCUCUCUUCGUCACUCCUGAAUCUGCAGACUCAGCCAAACUCGCUGUCAGUUCUCUCCCCUCAUUUGAUGGUAUAGAAAAGUCUGUCUCUCAUCUGAAAGAGCAAAUUGAGGAUUUCUGCAAAGAGGAGAUACAAAAUAUAUCUGAUAGAGUGACAACUAUUGAGAUCAUUUCCAACCCUGAACCCAAGAGAAGGGAGGAGUUCCUUCAGUAUUUCCGUCAAUUCAACCCAGAUGAAAACACAGUGCAUAAAAACCUCUGUCUGUCUGAGGGGAACAGAGUGAUUGCCACCACUAGAAGCAUCCAGCCGUAUCCUGAUCAUCCAGACAGAUUUGAUUAUCAUUACCAGGUGCUGAGUAAAGACAGUGUGUGUGGACGCUGUUACUGGGAGGUUGAGAGGAUUGGUUGGGUGGGUAUAUCAGUGUCAUAUAAGAGCAUCAGCAGGAAGGGACGGGAUCAGGAUUGUGAGUUCGGUUGUAAUGGUCAGUCCUGGAGUUUGUUCUGCUCUGAUAUCAGUUGCACAUUCUGGCACAAUAACAUAAACACUAAACUUCCUGUAGUCCCUAAAUCCUCAAAAAUAGGAGUGUAUCUGGAUCACAGUGCAGGAACUCUGUCCUUUUACAACGUCUCUGACACAAUGACCCUUAUUCACAGUGUCCACACCGCAUUCACUCAGCCUCUUUAUCCUGGGUUUUGGUUUAAUUAUGCAUUUGGUUCAUGGUUUGCAAAAGCAACACUGUGUGACCUAAAAAUAUAGAAGAUACGGAGAACCCACAAAUAAUAGUCACAUUACAGGUUUAAGCUCCAUGAUAAAUCAGCUUUACGUUGUGUCAACAACACCCCUUAAUGCUCAUUGAUUUUAUGUGGAAUAAUCAUAAUUGACAGUAACAACAUGAAUCAUAUCAAUAAGACGUGUGUGAUUUUUGUGGACAGUUUGUCGGUGUAUGUAAAAUCAUAUGAAUUAAUUUACUUGUUAUUAGAAGUCUUUUAUUAUAGUGUUUACAACAUUUGUGUUUAUUCCUUGACUAUCAAAUGUAAAUCUGACUUUUAAUCUCAGAGAAUUGUUCUCAUAAUGUUUUGUUUUGAACAUUGAAUAGUUACAUAGUACACUUUUAAUAAAACAUUUUUUUUUUAAAUCACACUUCAAUUCUUGGUCUAGAAUUUAAUGCAUAUUACAUACUUUGAAAAGUUUCAAAACAGUGUGUACCUGCUCUGCAAAUUUCCAGCAAAUGUUCAAUAAAUCCAUUGGAU